AUGACUGCUGCAGAUUGCGCUGGACAAUGUGCCGAGAACCCCGAAUGCGUGGUUUCUACAUGGUAUGCAACUAAAAAACAAUGUCUGGCGCUUUCAGACAGAGGAUUCCGGACCUAUGGCCCAGCGAAAUACUGGGUCACGUUUGUGCGAACCGGAAAGACAACCGAGGAAAAGGGCGGCAAUGAACAGUGCAGCAGCGAGAAGCUGGUCUUGGAGAAGGAGCUUCAAGAGAGAUGUGAGAAAGAGAAGGUUACCUUAAGCACCAAGUGCGACGAGGACCGAACCAGCAUCGACAAGAAACUCCAGGAGAGCAAGGAGGAAUGGGAAAAAAAGAUAACAGCCUUAAAAGCCACCUGUGACGCAGACAAGAGCGCCAAGGAGCAGUGUGAGCAGGACAAGGCUGAACUCAAUAAAAAACACAACGAAGAAAAGUACACAAAAGAGAAAUUGGAGCAAGAAAAACAAGUUAUACUUAAUAAGUAUAAGGAAGAGAAAGCAGCUCUGGAAAAGGCAAAUAUUGAUGAGAAAACCAAGCUGGAACAGGAGAACAACAAACUCAAAGAGGUCAUCGCCACUAGUGGUGGUGGGCCAGCUAAGCCCGAUUCCUUACCAGUAGGGAUCAAUCCUUACCUGCCUUGUCCCAAUAUUGAUGGCAAAGAAUACACCGUCGAUGGCGUAACAUACAGGGCGUUCUGUUGGAAAAAGCCGCGGGGACGCUAUAUCAACACAGACGUUGAUGGGGGAAAACUUAAUAUCCGGGACCUUGUUAUCGGUAUGAAGGCGUGCUCUCUGGAUUCAGCAUGCCAGGGAGUAUAUUCCAACCAUCAAAGUUACUGGACCAUCCAUCUAGACUACCAGUUCCCUCCCUUAGAGGAAAUUCCCCACCUUAAUAGUGAGCAGCAUUUGAGUUUCAUUCCGGUGCAGCCUCGUGGGAACAAUUUCAAGCCUAAUGCGCUUGCUAUCCCCAGUCUUCUAGCAGGAAAUGUUUUUGGUGGCUGCCCCGAGUCAGAUGGCCAGCAGCUAAAUAUUGGCUCACACACCUUUAACUUCCACUGUAGGGAGUACACUGGAGCUCCGGAUGCACACCUACCGAUCAGUUCUUAUAUCCGCUACCCGCCAUGGUGUUUGGCAGUCUGUGCAGGAACCCCAGGUUGUGAGGGCACCAGUAUGGGAUACGGUUCGUGUAAGUUCUAUUCUAGGUUUGAGAAGCUUGAGAAGAUGGAGCAGUCAAAGAUAGUUCCUCAUCAUUGGGUGGCUGUGCUAUCGCAGGCGGGAAAUGAUUAG